UAACCGUCCUUGUCUUUCAUUUAUGAAAAAUAAAAAAGACAUCUUUUUGUCCAAAAAAAAGGGACAGUAUAUAUAUUAGUGUCACUGUUCAUGCAAAAACAUAGACUUUUCUUUCUCCUUCUCCGGAGUAAACCCUUGCCCUGCCCCUGACUCAACAGAAACCGACUACAAUGACGAGACUUCCAGAAGACGCCAUCGCCAGCAUCCUAUGCCGAUUACCCGUGAAAGAUCUGCUCCGCUACAGGUGCGUCUCUAAAUCCUGGCGCUUCUUGGUCGAUAGCUCUCAUUUCAUAAAGAUGCACCUCAACCAUUCCAUGGAAACUCAUUCCAACUCCACCCUCAUUCUUGGAGACCAGCGUCUCCUCCACUGGGUCGACCUUGACACUCUCUACUCGCCUGUACGUCUCGAAACCCCAAUAUACGACGGAGGCAAAAUCGAGAUUCUGGGCUGCUGUAAUGGCUUGCUCGCUCUGGAAUUUUCGAAUGGAGGUACGGUUAUCUGGAAUCCAACUACUAGGAAGUACAGGAAGGUACCCAUUUCUGGUCUUGUUGACCUUCCCUUUCCGGAUAAUCUAUAUGAGUAUGGAAUCGUGGGAUUUGGGUAUGAUCCUGUAAAUGACGAUCAUAAGUUGGUAAGGAUGGUACAUUAUUUUGAAAAAGAUAUUCGCAGUGUUCACUCAUUCCACUCUGAGGUCAAAUUUUAUAGCCUAAAUUUCAACACUUGGAAGAGGGUUUGUGAUUUCCCUUACCAGGGUUAUAAACAAGGUGGGAAUGGCGUUUUUGCUAGCAAUGCUUUGCAUUGGAUGGUGACCCGGGAGCUCGAACUUGAUGCGUUGUACUUGAUUGUGGCUUUUGAUCUCGUGACUGAAGAAUUUCGUGAAUUGCCACUUCCGGAUGAGGACGGCGGUGAGGAUGAGAAAUUUUUUGUGAAACUGGUAGAAUUAGGAGGGUUCCUUUGUGCUACGUGCCUUUACUUUCCACAUGAUAAUGCGAACCAUGUUGACAUCUAUAUUAUGAAGGAAUAUGGGGUAGACUCUUGGACUAAGCUGUUCUCGGUGAUGCCGUCAAAUGUGACUGGCUAUUUUGAAUAUGUGAUGCCACUUAAGUAUUCGAAGAGUGGUCAUCAGGUUCUCUUGCAUCAGGAUGGUGAGACAUAUCUUUUGUACGAUAUCGAUAUGAAUAGGACUAAGAAUGUGGGCAAGAUUUCUGGCGUUCCUAGAAGUUUUGAUACGUGUGUGUGUGCGAGGAGCCUUGUUGGACUUGGGGUUGGUGAUGAGGACAACCCUGGGAAGAAAGUAGCGGUUAUUAAGAACAAGAAAAAAGAGGAGAAGCAGCAAUUGAGCAGGAAGAAGCGGGAUGAUUUUCUGUCCAAGGGAUUUAAAUUGGUGUUAUAAAUAUUGCACAAAGAUUGGACACAGAGGUUGGUGGUACUGCAGGGUUUUUGCUGGGCUUUAGCUGAUGUAGUUGCCUCUUCGUGGGAGGAGUUAAAGUUGAGUGAACAAAACUUAGAGACUAAGUCAAACUUUUGCUACAUCGUGUUUCCUUGUUUUAGUAUUAAUCUAGUAAUUAUUAUAGGACCGUGUUAUAAUGUUCAUACUACUUUUGAAAUCUAGAAUUAUAUGGUUUAAGUCUAAUGUGAUUUUGAUGGUUUGGUUGUGAAAGCAAUAGUAAGAGUAAGACAUGCCAUGCCUUGAAUGAUUUUAUUUGAACUGUUUCCCACGACUAGUAUAUGUAAUGUGCAUGGAAGGUAACAUAAGCUGUUCCGUGCUCCCACCAUGUUUAUAUUAGCUCCAAAAAUUUAUCUUGAGAGAAGCCCCCCCAUCACUCUGCUGUCUCCACCUAUGGCAUGCAAUAGUAUCAAUUACAUACCAAACUAUAAAGAACUAGUUCAAUUCUAUAUUUACUUUUCAUUUCCUUCCGCCAAAUUUGGAGGGCUAAGGAUGUAGUUCAUAUUUUCCCUUUCUAUCUUGUAUUAUGCUUUUAAACACCAAGUCUAUUGUUGUAUUAAUUAGUAAAACAU